CUGCCUCCCCCCACCGAUUGAGGUUGGGGGUGGGAGGCUUACGGGGAAGAGAGAGAGGGAGGGAGAGUGCAAGAGCCGGCUAAGUCAGUGAGACGGCGACAGAGGGGAGAGAGGGAGAGAGUCGGGGAAACAGCUCCCCAUCUCUGCAGACAGGGGACAUUGCAACCCUUGCCACGACCACACAUCCAAUUUAAAAACAUCUCCACCUCCAACACUCACAUCCCCACCUUGAAAAACAUCUCCGCAAUAAUUCCCACAAAUCAACACCAUCACUCGCAUCUCUGCCUUCAUCAAGCUAGCAUCAUCAUCAACAUUAGCCUCGUGACCCGCCCGCCUCCGCAUCCCGUGCCAUCGCCGGCACCAUGCCCGCCACCGUGCGCUGGCUCGCCGCCUUGACCCUGGCGGUCGCCCUCGGGGCCGCCCUGGUCGCCGCCUCUCCGCCGGGUGACGAACGAGCGGCGGAGGACGUCGAGGAGACAGAGGAGGCGGAGAAGGAGGCGGACGAGAUCGGUUCCACGUGGCCGAGCCACGACGAGCGAGACGACUGUCCCGCUCUCUGCUCGUGCUCCCUCCUCGGGGUCAACCGGAGCCGUGCCGUCGACUGCCGGGGGGUCAACCUCACGGCGCUGCCGCUGCGCCUGCCGGGUGGCGCGCAGGCCCUGCUCCUCACCGACCACGCCGUGGCGGAGCUGCCGCCGGGCGACGUCGCGAUGCGCGGCUACGAGGAGGUGGCCAUGCUGGACCUGUCCCGAGGCGCGGUGGCCGACGCGUGCGGCCUCCGCCUGGGAGGAGGCCCUGGGCCGUGGAGCCUCCGCGAGCUCCGCCUGGUGCGCAACGACAUCGCGGCGCUGCGCUCGGGGUGCUUCGAGUCGCUGGGAGGCUUGGAGUCUCUGUAUUUGGGCUACAACCGCAUUGGGAGUGUGUCGGGCUCGGCCUUCGCAGGCCUGGACAGCCUUCGCACACUCUUCCUCGACCACAACGUGCUCCGCUCGGUGGACGCCGCCUGGUUCGACGCUCUGCCCGGGCUGCGGGUGCUGGCGCUGGGCGGCAACCCGGUGGCGAGCGUGACGGACGGCACGUUCUCGCGGCUGCGCCAGCUGCGCAGCCUGGACUUGAGCGAGUGGCGCGUGUCGCGGCUCCAGGAGGCUGCGCUCGACGGGCUGGAGCAUCUGGAGGACCUGUCGCUGGAGGGGAACCUCCUGGCCAAGGUGCCCGCCGCGGCCCUGCGCCGGCUGCCGGGUCUCAGGCUGCUGAGGCUGGACCGCAACCCGAUCGUGGCGCUGCAAGAGGGCGACUUCCGCAACCUGUCCCGCGUGGAGGAGCUCUCCGUGCGGGACAUGCCCCGGCUGGCGGCGGUGGACAGCGACGCGUUCGAGUCGCUGCCCAGCCUCGCGUCGCUCGACCUCUCGCACAACCCGCGCCUCUCCUUCGUGCACCGCUACGCGUUCCGCGACGCGCCCCGGCUCGCCACCCUGCUGCUCGACAACGGGGACCUCGGCGGCCUGCACGGCGCCGUGGCCCGCGCCCUGCCGGCGCUGCGCCGCCUGUCCCUCCACUCCAACCCGCUGCGCUGCGACUGCGUCAACCGAUGGUGGCUCGGCGCUACGGCCCGGCGCGGCCUCGAGGUGGCGCGGCCCGAGCUGGCGGUGUGCGCGGAGCCUCCCGAGGCCAGGGGCCGGCCGGCCGCCGAGGCGAUGCUGGCAGCGGCGGCGAGGCGCCGGGCCGACGGCGCGGAGCCCCAGGAGGCGUGCCUGCCGCUGAUCGCGCGCGGCGCGCUGCCGGCGCGUGCGUCGGCGCGGCCGGGGUCCCUGGUCACGCUCUAUUGCAGGGCGCUGGGAGACCCCGAGCCCACCAUCUACUGGGUGUCGCCCGCCGGGGACAAGGUGACCACCGACACGCUGGCCGACAAGUUCUGGCUGGAGGCCGACGGGACGCUGAGCAUCGCCGAGGUGCGCGAGAGCGACGCGGGGGUGUACACGUGCGUGGCGUUCAACUCGGAGGGCGCCGAUACGCGCAGCGUCACCCUCCGCGUGGGUGGCGAGAGUGACGACGCCUCCCAUGGGCACGUGUCCUCCGCCUCCACGUCAUCAUCGCCAUCCAUCCCACUAUCAACCUCGUCAUCCACCUCGUCGUCUUCCACCAUCUCGUUACCCGCGACCGCCGCCUCUUCCGUAAAGCAGGAGGUAGAGGAAGAGGAGGCGCCGACCCUCGCUGUGGUCGAGGUUGAUUCCUUCUCGGCGCUGGUCGCUUGGAGGGUGAGCAGUAAGCUGAGCAGCGGGGUGAGCGGCAAGCUGAGCGGCAGUGUGAGCGAGCUGCGUUGGUGGCACAGUGCCGAGGGCCCCCGUGGCGGUGCGCACUCCGCUGCGGUGGCACCGGGCGUCACCGAGCACCGCGUGGCAGAGCUGCAGCCCGGCACCACCUACACCGUGUGCGCGACGACUGCCGCCUCCUCCCGCUGCGUCAACCUCACCACCACCGCCACCGCCGCCGCCGAGGAGGGGGACCGCCGGGGCCCGCCGGAGCCACCGGUGCGGGCCCUGCGCCACCGGGCCGGCGCGGCCACCCGCCUGAGCCUCGUGUAUGCCGUGCUGGCCGCCCUCGGCCUGCUGGGCUUUGUGCUGCUGGUGGCUCGCUACGCGCGACACCGGCUGCAGAGGAAGCUGGUGCAGGGUGCGCUGGCAGGGCCCUUCAAUGCCGUGUACCCCCCGCUGAGCGUGCCCAUCGACUACGAUGACGACGACGACGACGAUGAUGACGGUUGCGAUGGCGGUUACGGUGGUGGUUACGGCGGUCGUAGUGCUGGUGGUAGUAAGCGCGGAUGCCUCAUUUAGGGAGAGGUCAGAGGUCGGGUCAAGCGUCGGAGUCAGCGAGGAGGGGGAGGAAACUCGACGCUGCUUGUGAUGACAGGGUCAGAGGUUAUGGCCAAACAGGUCCUCGCAACACCAAUAAAUAAAUUCAUAUGUUGUCAAUCAAUCAAUAACUCAAUUGUCAAUCAAUGAUUCAAUCGAAUAUCAGGAAGUGAUAAGGUUCUGGUCGUAUCAAUAGGUACAAUGUUUGGGUCACUACCCUGGUUUAUCUUUUAUUUUUCAACGAGGUGGGGUUAAACACUCGGUUUAAAACCGUCUUGGCUCAAUAAACUCAAAUGUUUGCCUCACGUUGGGAUCUUAAGCAAUUUAAGUUGGGUUUCGCGUCGUUUUGUAAGAAUGAAUGAAUAAAUGAAAUGGGUUUAGACGCGCGUUUAAAUGGUAAGUCGGGUUUAAACGUGCCCUUAAAUCUAGCUUGUGAGUAAGACGAGUUUAGUUUUCGGUUCAAUAAGUCAUCUGGGUUUAGGCUCCUCGACAACUCAGAAACUCGCGUGAGCCACGUGUCACGUGGCUCACGUUAUUAUUGUUGUUGCUGUGUUCUCCUAAGACCUCUACAAACCCGAACCUGUAAUCUGAAAAAACUGUGACCUCCAAUCUCUAACCCCAAGCAGUAACCAUUUAAACCCUGACCUGCUAACCCUACAUCUGACCGUGGCUUGACCGUGAACUCACAAUAGACAUAAAAACGUAAUUGAUUUCGGUAACUUACCUAUGUCUUCGAUUGCCACCCCUGCUAUUAAUCGGAACGAGCACCUGGCCCAAUUCAACAUUUCGACUCGUGCAGGUUGCGUGCAACUCGUGCAGCCAGCCCUGAAAGGAGCCUCACGUGGUGAUGAAUGAGUGGCCUAAUUCAUUACGCCAGUCACACACACGCCCCCAGUCAACCCCUCCAUUCCUGCCACGCUGCUGCGAACAGGUGGUGGUGGUGGUGGUACAAGUCCCAGUAAACAUGGCAACGUUGCGGCCGGAGUUGGUGCCAACAUUGGCGUCUGGUUUAGGCCCAAAGUUCCACGUUUACUGGGGCGGUGUAGGUGGUGGUGAUGUGGUUGUGCUGGCGAUGAUGAUGAUGAUAACAGUGGUGGUGAUGAUAUUAGUGGUGAUAAUGAUUAUAGUAAUCGUGAUAAUGGUAGCAAUGAUGGUAAUGAUCGUAAUGCUGAUGAUGAUUAUAGUAAUCGUGGUGAUAGUAAUGAUGAUGAUACUAAUGAUGGUGGUGGUGACGAUGAUACUACAUUGGCACUGUUGAUGUGAACUCUAACAAAGUAUGGCAUUUUGUCACGUGAACUCAUCGUAGGCUAAUUAAUGCUAAUGCUAAUUGCCUCUUAUAAUUGAAUUUUGCCCCUUACGCCCGUUUUAAGUCUAGUUUUUUUUUUUAGCAAUGCUCACUUGAAUGUAGGCAUUAGAUGCGUUUCAUAGAGACUUGAAAGUGUUUCUCGUGAGAAUUCCAAAGGAAUCGUGUACUGUAUGCUGUAUAAUGUGUGUGGCUGUAUUGACUAACUCGCUGCCUUAAUUGAUUGACACAGGGUCUUUAUGUCUUGUUACCUCGGUGCUAAAUUCGCGAGUUGUGGCUCUUAAUCGAUUAAAAUGGCAUUAAUGACCAAGUUCAAGUAGCAAAUGGAAUUAUGUUUUCUUAUAUCUUUCUCUCUGGGGAGGGGUGGUUUAUACAUAAAUAAAUGAAUAAACGCAACCCUUUAAGUGAUGUUU